AUGGGUGAAUCAACUUCAGGAAGCAAGGUGUCGUUGAAUAACGGCAAAGAGGGUCCUAGUGAGCGUGUUUUAGGAAUUAUUUGGCUGCCCUCCGACGACGUGUUCACUUUCUCCACGACGAUGCGCGCAGACCUGAUGCAUUAUAUGUCAACCAACGAUCGUCCUACUAAACGGAUCAUACUCAGCUGCAUAAUGAGUCUUUUUGACCCAUUAGGUUUGCUCGCACCAUUUACCGUUCACGGGAAAGGUCUUCUUCAACAUACCUGGCGCUCUGGCUGCGAUUGGGAUGAGAAGGUGAACGAUGAGUGCUACGAAAAAUGGUCUCGUUUGCGAAAUGUAUUUCCCGUCAUCAACCAAGUGCUCAUACCCCGGUGUUAUCUGCGAAAUGCCCCAUCAAGCGCAUACAGUACGCUGGAAGCCCACGUGUUUAUGGAUGCGAGUCAGGAUUACUACGGGUGCGCUGUAUAUUUCCGAAUAACUCACCAAGGAAAUUCUCGAUGUUCGCUGGUGGCUGCGAAGACGAAAGUUGGUCCGUUGAAGCCAUUUUCCAUUCCAAGAAUGGAGUUGCUAGCUGCAACAUUAGGAGUACAACUGUUGAAUUCAGUAUUAUCAAAUCACAACAUCAAACCUACGAAACGUGUUCUAUGGACUGACUCAUCAACAGUGCUGCAUUGGAUAGCCGCAGACCCGCGAAAAUUUAAACCGUUUGUCGCGUAUCGAGUCGGCGAAAUUCUGCAGGAAACAAGUAUAAACGAGUGGCGUUAUGUACGCAGCAAAUUAAAUAUUGCAGACAUCCUAACUAAAUGGAGCAAUCAUGCUUCACUAGAGCCCGAUGGUCCCUGGUUCUGUGGUCCGGAUUUCCUCCAACACUCGGAGGAAGAAUGGCCAUCUUACAACCGCCCUCCGCCAAGUCUCGUUUCAGAGCUCAGAGUUCUCAACAUGUUCCACACAAAGGUGGAUAAUAUCCUGUGGAUCGACGCUUCCAGAAUAUCCAAAUGGAACAUUUUAUUACGUUCGGUUUGCUGCGUGAUCCGAUUCAUUUCAAACUGUCGCCUGCGAAUUCAACGAAAACCUAUCGAAGUAUUGUACGUUCCAGAGAUGUCAAAACUUGUACGGCGUUCAGUUUGUUCGAUCAUCGUACCCCUAAAACAAGAAGAGUAUGAGAUUGCCGAACAAGUGCUCUGGAGGCAAGCACAACGAGAUUUUUAUGGAGAUGAAAUAAGUACCCUGUUGAAAAAUCGUCAAUUAGCCCGUGAACAGUGGAUACCGAUUGAAAAGUCAAGUAAGCUGAAAAAACUGUGUCCGUUUCUCGAUGAGCAUGAUGUUUUGCGCGUGGAUGGUCGAACCAGCAUGGCGGAAUUUGUUCCCUUUGAUACCAGGUUUCCCAUUAUAUUGCCGAGGGAUCACAUCAUCACAUAUCGAAUCGUCGAGUUUUACCAUCAGCGAUAUGGACACGCAAAUAAAGAAACGGUAUUCAACGAAGUUCGUCAGCGGUUUUCGAUUUCAAAGCUAAGAGCAUUGGUGGCAAAUGUCGCAAAAAGUUGCCCAUGGUGUAAAGUGCGCAAUUCUCGUCCACAUGUGCCAAGAAUGGCUCCGUUGCCAAUAGAACGUCUAACCCCAUAUGUUAGGCCGUUCAGUUACGUGGGGGUGGACUAUUUCGGUCCUUUUGAGGUCACUGUGGGUUAUCGUAGGAUCGAAAAACGGUGGAUUGCCCUAUUUACCUGCUUGAAUGUGCGUGCAGUUCACCUCGAAGUGGCUCACCGCUUGAAUACCGAAUCGUGUAUAAUGGCCAUUAGACGAUUUGUUGUGCGACGAGGACCUCCAAUAGUUAUCUUUUCUGAUAAUGGAACUAACUUUAAGGCUGCAAAUAAUGAGCUGCAGAAUCAGAUCCAACUUAUCGAUACUGCAUGUGCCAAUGUGUUCACCAACGCAAGAACGCGAUGGUGCUUCAAUCCGCCCUCCGCACCCCAUAUGGGGGGCGUAUGGGAGCGCAUGGUGCGCACAGUUAAAGAGGUAAUGAAGACGCUGCAUGAAAGACAUCGCCUUAACGACGAGAUACUGCUAACAGUUAUCGCUGAGACUGAAGAAAUCGUCAAUGCCAGACCGCUCAUCUAUCUUCCUCAGGACUCCGUGGAAUGUCAAGCCAUAACACCGAAUCAUUUUUUACGUGGUACUUCGUCAGGGCUCCAAGAUCCAGUGAUCGCACCAACUAGCGAAGCAGAAGCAUUGCGCAAUGCGUAUUUUCGCUCGCAACUGGUUUCGGAUGAGCUGUGGAAGCGUUGGCUGAAGGAAUAUCUGCCGUCGUUAAACGCGCGGACCAAAUGGAUGGAGGAGACUACCCCUUUAGCUCCUGGAGAUUUAGUUUUCAUCGUUGACGACUCUAACCGUAAUGGGUGGAUACGGGGAGAAAUACAGGAAGUAGUUGAAGGUCGUGACGGUCGCAUACGACAAGCCAAGGUGCGCACUGCGAAUGGGAUAUUUCGGCGACCAGUGAGCCGGUUGGCUCGAAUCGAAAUUAUGUCGGUUGGUAAAUCUUGCCCAAAUGAAGGUUCCGGACAAGGUUUACGGGUCGGGGAUUUGUUGAAACCGCUGGGCACAAAUUUAAAAUUGACACCCGAAAAUGUCAAAAAACCCGAACAAUAUAAAAACUGA